CCCUCUCCUGCUCCUGGGCUCCUGCGCAUAUUGUGCCGUCCCGGAGGAGGUGAGGCGCCUGUCCUUCAGGGAUCCCCCCAGACCUGGCAUGGAGAGCUUGGAGGAGUGCGGAGAGGAUGCCGCGCUGGAGCCCUGCAGGACCCCCCAGGCCUCCGUGACAUUCAAGGAUGUGGCCGUGGACUUUACCUGGGAGGAGUGGAAGCUCCUGGACCCUCCCCAGAAGGAGCUGUACUGGGAGGUGAUGCUGGAGAACCACAGGAACCUGGUCUGCCUGGGCCUUGCUGAUUCAAACAAGGAUGUGAUGAUCUCUGAGCUGGAGUCAGGGGAACCACAUUGGAUUCCAACUGGUGUUGUCCUAAGAAGCUGCUGGCCAGGUUGGGAAUCCAGGCCUCAGACCAAAGAGUCAGCUCCCAAGAUGAGUAUUUCUGUGAAAGUAUUAUCCCAGGAAAAUUUCUUGGAGGAUGAUCCAAGGAUCUGCAAGAUGGAGAAAGCCUGGGAGUGUGAUGGCAGAUUGAAGAAAAAGCAGAGCAUGAAGGGGAAACCUUCUAGAGGAAUAAAAAUAAUCCAAACAGAAUUUCCCAUUGAGGCUGGAGGUUCUGAAUAUGAUAAAUACAGUCAGACCUCUAGCCCAGAGCCAGGCCUUUUUCCACAACAGGGAGCAUCUGUAAUUAUGCAGGGCCAGAAAGGAGAUAACCAGAGAGGGAGUUCCACCAUGUAUUUGAACCAAGGACAAAGUGAUCAAAUCCAUUCCAGGAAGAAACGUCGUAAGUUUAACAAAUGUCAGAAAGUGCUGGGUCCUGAUUUGGGCUGCAUAAAAAAACGUGGAAUUCUUUCAGAAGAGAAAGUUCAUGAAAGGGAGAAUUCAUUCCCUUGUAUUAAUAAAUUUGGUCCACACCAGACAACUGAUAGGGGAAAAAAGUGUAAUGAAUUAACUAAACAGAGGAAGACAGGUCGUGCUGAACAUUACUCUCAUCGUCAGAGUAGAGAGAGACGGUACAAAUGCAAUGAAUGUGGAAAGGCCUUCCAGCAAAAGGGGCAUCUUAAAACACAUUACAGAAUCCAUACUGGAGAGAAACCUUUUAAAUGCAGUGAAUGUGGAAAGGCCUUCCAGGAAAAGGGGAAUCUUAAAGUACAUUACAGAAUCCAUACUGGAGAGAAACCUUUUAAAUGCAGUGAAUGUGGAAAGGCCUUCCAGGGAAAGGGGAAUCUUAAAGCACAUUACAGAAUUCAUACUGGAGAGAAACCUUUUAAAUGCAGUGACUGUGGGAAAGCCUUUUCCAUGGCUGGAACACUAAAACGACAUCAGAGAUCUCAUACUGGAGAGAAACCCUUUGAAUGCAAUGAAUGUGGGAAGGCAUUCCAAAGAAAUUUUCACCUUUUAAGUCAUCAGAGCAGAAUUCAUGGAGGAAUUAAACUUCAUGAAUGCAUUGUAUGUGGGAAAGCAUUCUCUCGGAAGUAUAAUCUUACUACUCACAGUAGAAUUCAUACUGGAGAGAAACCCUAUCAAUGCAGUGAAUGUGGGAAGACCUUCAGCCUGAAGUCAAGUCUUACAUUUCAUUUCAGAAUUCAUACUGGAGAGAAACCUUUCAAAUGCAGUGAAUGUGGGAAGGCCUUUUACAGUAACUCAGAUCUUAUCCGACAUUUUAGGAUUCAUACUGGAGAGAAACCUUUUCAAUGUGAUAUUUGUGGAAAAGGACUUCUCUCUAAAUCUAGCCUGAACCAUCAUCAGAAAGCCCAUAUUGAAGAGAAACCUUUUUUGUGCAGUGUUUGUGGGAAAGGUUUUCUUUGGAGAAAAUCACUGACUGUACAUCAAAGAACUCAUGCUGGAAAGAAAACCGCUGAGUGCAGUGAAUGAGGAAAGAUCUUCCCUCGAAAGUCAUCUUACAUCUCACUCUACUAUUCAUAUUGGGGGAAAAAUCUUUUGAAUGAGAAGGCUUUGGGAAAGCCUUUCCCCAGAAAACAGCCCUGACUCUCCCCAUCAGAAAACUCAUUCUUGGGGAGAAAUGCUAUGAGUGCAAUGUAUGUGGAAAGGCUACACCCACAAUAAAAGUCUUUCCUUGUGUAAGAAAAUACAUUGGUGGGGGGCUGGAGCCCACCAGCUGUGUGGUUUAGUAGAUGGAGAGCCAGACCUAUUGUGUAAUUAGAAAUCUUCAAUUCUUGAACUUUGUCUCCCAGAAUCCUUUUCAAUUCAUCCAUGAUAUAUCCUCACAUUUGGUUAAUAACUUGUGUGUAAUGUCACCCUUUCUCUCUCUUCUGAUGGUGCUCUGUGCUGUCAUGACUAUGAGUGGGGUCCUAGGAAGCUUUCUUUCUUUACUGAGAUUAUUUUUCUUAUUAAAAUAUUUAUUAAUAAACUUUAUAAAAUGUAAUAAGGAAAAAAAAGUCUCUAAGAAGGCUGUUGGGAGAGAGCUCUGGAAACAGGCUCUUAGGACAGUCUCUUGAAGUCAGUCAGAAGAAUCUCUCUCUGGAGAAAGAUGGCUGGCUGAACUGGUGUCACUAGAAUCCUUGCUUGGACAGAUCUUGUGGUGAGUGAUUAAGGACUGACUGAUCUCUUAGGGCUUAGUCCUGGGUUGGCCAGGGCCAGCUUAUCCCUUUCUCAUUAUUCCCUCUUUUUCUCUCUCUCUUUAAUUCCUCAUUGUAUUAAUUAAAAUCUCAAUAAAACCCAGUUGACUUUAGUAUAUUUCA